UAAAGGAGACUUGCUGUAUUUUCACUUUUUGUUUAAAGCGGAACCAGCUAGCCAGAUGAGUGAGUGAGUGAGGGGGCGGUCAGUCAGUCAGGGACACACAGAAGAAGAAGAAGAAGAAGAAGAAGAAGAAGGAGGAGGAAGAGGAGAUCUCCAUCGAGCCAAACAAUGGAUUUUAUGUGAUCAAUUCUCUCUUCGUUAUGGAUUUUGGAUAUUGGAAAACCCCGUUAAUCUCAUUUUUGUUCGUACUGAUUUUCCGCAGCGCAUGGUCGACUAAUCUGUCAGCACCAAUACUUAAAGAAGUCAGGUCAUCGGUGUUGUCAUGGGAACCUUCAAAAGUCAACAACGUGACGUAUACUGUUCAGUACAGAGAGGAUCCUGGGCAAGAGUGGCACUACUUGUGUGGCUGUAAUCAGCCACAGUUCAGCUUCGCAGAUGGAGAUUUCUACGGGAAGAUAUUUCGCGUUCGAGCAGAGAGAGGCAACCAGACAACAGUUUGGCAGGAGUCAGAUAAGAUCCAGUGCCAACACACUGAUGCCUGUGCUCCCCUACUCAACCUGACAGUAAAAAACUACACGGUGCUUCUGUGGAUGGACGAUAAAGACAAGACCUUAAAGAAAGAGUUUGGGGGCCACAUCACCUUCAGAGUUUCAUACUGGAAAGAAACCAGCGCCUCUGAUAAACAGAAACAUAUCCAGAAGCGUGAUGCAAGUGGCAAGACCCUGCGCAUAGAGGGCCUUGAGGCAGGACAGAAAUACUGCUUUAAUGUUGUCUAUGUGGCUUAUAAUAAGCCUUAUGGAAGUCCCAGCCGUGUGCUAUGCGAAGUCAUCCCUGAAACAUCUACGGUGCAAAACCUUCGGAUCAUCAUAUCGGGCGUGCUAAUAAUUGCGGGGUUGAUGGUUUUUGGAUGUUGCUUAUACUUUGUUUACAAGAAUUAUAAGAGAAUAAAGACAUUUCUUCAGCCACCUCUGGAUAUUCCUGAGCACAUUGAAGAGUUUUUUUCUGGAGAGUUCUCUCACCACGAACUUGUUUGUAUCGGCAGCGAAGAACUAGGAACGAAUGACCUUAUUACUUUAGUACCAGAACAGAUCAGAGAAGAGGAAGAGGGCAGAAGUGAUGUAAGGGAAAAUUCCAUCUCUCCUGACACCGCUACAUAGAGUGUAUGUUUUUCCAGAACAACAUUUCAGUUCUUUAUCGUCACACGUUUUUAAUACUUUAUAUUUUAGUACAGUAUUUUGUUUCACUAUUGUAUUUUUGCACUUUUGGCUAAUUUACCAGUUAAUUAACUUUUUUUAUCUGUAGCCCUGAAUAGUUGAUGAUUAAUUGUUAUUCGUUUCAUUUUAUCAGUUAAAUAUAAGACUGUUAGCUUGGAUGCUUUGGAACAAACCACCUCUUUACAUAUGUUUGUCAGCCAGCCUCCAAAUUCUGGUUUGAAGGCUUGUGACUGUGUUUUAAGGAAAUAAUCCCACUUAACCGAGUUGGGUUGUGUGUAAAAUGUUAUUUUUAUUUGGAGCAUGAGAAAAACAAAAGUGAUUUUAGGAGUUAAAAAUGGAACGCUCUGACAUUCGUAGUUUUACACUAGGUAAAUUACUUGUUUGUUACAAGCUACUGUUUUUGAAAAGCGUGGCAGAAUUAUGUUAAAAGGUGGGUGUUACUGUUUUCUUCCUAGAAUUUAAAGUGGUGUCUGUCUGCUGUUCUUUUAGUGAAACAUUUGUAAAAAAAGUAAAAAUAUAUUUGGCAGGAAAAUAGGUAAAUUGGAGAUAUACAAAAGUGGCAAAGUGGACCUGACUGGGCUAAAUGACCUAAAACACCUUCAUUGUAAGAUGGUAGUUUUUCUUUGAGAGUUGUGUCUUUUAAAAGAAGAAAUCUUUGUUUCUGCUGUAGUAGCUUGUGACAGGAUGGCUACAAGAGCUAAAUUUCUGUUUUAACUCCUGUCUCUCCUCUCCCAUUUUGUAUGGAUUAUGUUAUUGUUCAAUUGCAUGUGUAGAAUGUGGUUUUUCCAAGCAAUCAAUUUAGCACUCACAGGUGUCUGAUGGCGGUUUUCCGCGGGGGUGUGGUAUAGUUACAAAUCCAUGAGUAUUUAUUUUAAAGCUGUUUUCACUGCCAAGUAAAUUGUGCUGUACCAGAGUAUGAAUUUGGUUACUCAUCUUACAGUACUUAGCGUACCCAGCUGGAAUGUAUGUGUGGACCUAGAAACCUAGAAAAAUUUUGUACAGUGUAACUGGAUUUGGAUAAGCAAACAUACUGUGCCGUAUAUCACAUUGUCCAGUGGAAAAACGCCUUACAUAGUAAACCAAGGAUGUGGACUCGUCUAAACAGUUUGCAUUUGCUAAUGUUUCUUACCUUCUUUUGGUUUCUUUUAAUACGAUUUAAUGCAUUGGAUACAUUUCAUGCAAUGCUUCCUUUAACAACUAGCUAUUUUGAUGCUUUAAACACUAAAGAACAAGGAUAAGGUCUGCACCAUUAUUUUCAAACCAGUAAGUGAGUACUGAAAACCCCUUUCAGUAUGUUUGAGAGCUUAACUGAUGAGUGUCUGAGAAAGUACAGAUCUUCUUGAGCCUUUGGCAGUUGUUCUAAUGAAGACUACUAAAAUCAUUAGUUGCCUCUCACAGCGUAUUAAUUGUUUUACCAAUACAGCCUUAAUGAAGUGUGUCGUGGACUACUGAAAGUACUAGAGGAACAGUACAAGGUUUCCUGGAGAGCUUUAUCUGUGAACAGUUUAUGUAGAGUGCAGUGUUUUUAUUUGAAUUUACUGAAUUUUCAGCUGGAGCCAUAGAGCCUUACAUGUUUUCACAAAAUGGCCAAGCCUGUUCUUUUAAUUUCAUGUAUGAAAAGCAAAUAGAUCAACAAUAUGAACAUACCUUUGAGGUAAUAUGUGUGUAGUAAUUUGCAUCUAAUGACUUCAACAAAUGUUUGUUUACAAGAAUCAUAAUUAAAAUUAAAUUGUAGAUUGGAUUUGUAUAUACAGUUACUUGUAUAACUGUAAUGGAUGCUGGUACAUGUCUUCAUAGUGUUUAAGAGAAAGUGCUUCUUGGCCCUGGGGUUCAGUCUGUUAUACAAAUUAAUGUUAAUGAUAAUGUUAAAUGUAAUGAUGUAAUGUUUGGUAAUGAUUAGCUUAUAUUUGUGAGUUCAACUAAUGUAAUUAAUCAUGAUCUAAUUCAGAGUUUAUGUAGAACAAAAUGCUUUAAUUUGUGUUGUACAGUAAAUGAUGAGUCUUGUAAUUUUUUAUGUGCUGUCAUACAAUUUGUUACCAGAAAUAUUACUUGAAUAAAAUUGACUUGUAAUGGUCUACUAUACAA